AUGGUACAACUCUCACCGACCUUUGCGGUGGUGGCACUCGCAGUCAGCUCAGUGGUUUCCGCACAGUCCGAUCCAUUGGCGCCCUCUUUCACGACCACUCUUGACAUACCAACGCCCCCACCAGCCUCUUCGACAUCUACAGGACCCGUAGCAUCGUUUAGCACGACGCUCGCGCUUCCUUCGCCGACGUUCACCUCUUCGUCUGCCGGAUCAUCGGCAUCAACGUCGGCAUCGAGUUCCGCUACCGGAUCGUCCUCAAGCGUAUCAACCUCCACGAGCGCAGACUCAUCCGCAAGCGCCAGCGCGUCAUCUUCGAGCACUUUGACCUCCCCGGCGUCGAGCGGCUCGGCGACGGUAGUUGCGCCAAGUUCGUCCGCUUCCGCGCCGGGCUCGACCACGUCGUCUGCCGCGGGGUCUGUGGAACCAGGUGGAGCGACUGAGGCACUUGCGAGUGCUUUGGUCGGCGUACUUGGCCUGUGGCUGUGGGCCUAA